CUCCAUUUAUUGUAUUUAUAUAUGAAUGUGUAUACUUGAAACAAUUCUGCAUAUAAAGAAUUCCCAGAUAGCCUAAGAACAGACAAAACCCUUAAGGGUUCACAUGAUCAUAUCUAUAUUGCAAACAGUGAGUUAAAUAUGAAGGUUUCUCUCUUACAUUUAAUUGGUUUUCUUCUUUUAGGAGGAGUGCUCCCUAUUCAUGCUGCUCUCAUCCGCCGCCAUAAGUUCGUGUUGACAGAUACUCCAUACACAAGGCUAUGCAGCAACAAGAGCAUAUUAGUAGUAAAUGGACAAUUUCCAGGGCCAACUAUAUAUGCCACUGAAGGAGAUACAAUAGUCGUUGAUGUGUAUAAUCGAGCAAGAGAAAAUGUAACCAUUCACUGGCAUGGAGUCAAGCAGCCUAGAUAUCCGUGGUCAGAUGGCCCUGAGUUUAUUACUCAGUGCCCCAUUCAACCGGGUUCAAAAUUUAGCCAAAAGAUUAUACUUUCGGAUGAGAUAGGAACUUUGUGGUGGCAUGCCCAUAGCGACUGGUCACGUGCAACCGUGCACGGCGCUAUCAUCAUAUAUCCCAAGAAGAAAAAUAACUAUACUUUUCCAACGCCUGAUGCAGAAGUCCCCAUCAUAUUAGGGGAAUGGUGGAAGAGUGAUAUACAAGCAGUUCUUACCGAGUUUCUUAAUAGUGGAGCAGACCCAAAUAGUUCUGAUGCUUUCCUCAUAAACGGUCAACCUGGUGAUCUCUAUCCAUGCUCAAGACUAGAUACAUUUAAAUUGACGGUGGAAUAUGGGAAAACUUAUUUGAUCAGAAUGAUUAAUGCAGUCAUGAACAAUAUUAUGUUCUUUUCCAUUGCAAACCACAGUGUCACGGUAGUUGGAUCGGAUGCUAGCUACACGAAGCCAAUCAUAAGUGAUUAUAUUAUCAUCUCUCCUGGACAAACCAUUGAUUUCUUGUUGAAAGCUAACCAAAAACCUAGUCGCUACUACAUGGCUGCCCACGUUUAUGCUACUCAAAAUACUGCACAGUUUGUCCCUCAAGCCCUAUGGAGGCCUCGAAAUGGCACAGAAGUAAGAGUUCUUGACUAUAAUUCUACAGUGGAGAUUGUUUUCCAGGGAACAAACACAGUUGCAGGAAUAGAUCAUCCUAUGCACUUACAUGGACAGAGUUUUUAUGUAGUUGGGUGGGGAUUUGGAAACUUCGAUAGAGACAGAGAUCCAUUGAAUUAUAAUCUUGUCGACCCUCCUCUAAUGAAUACAAUUGCAGUUCCUAUAAAUGGUUGGACAACAGUAAGAUUCAAAGCAAGUAAUCCUGGAGUUUGGUUGUUGCAUUGCCAUUUAGAGCGCCAUAUAAGUUGGGGAAUGGAGAUGGCAUUCAUUACCAAAGAUGGCAAGGGAAAAGAGGCUAGAAUGUUGCCUCCACCUCCAGAUAUGCCUCCAUGUUGAUGCUACGGCUAAUUACAAGUUUCACAUUCUACCGACAAUAUAUAUACAUCAAGUGUAGCCGACGAGCUUGUACUAUAUGUGGAAGAAGUAAAACAUCAUAUGAAGAUCGGUUCACUUGUAAUAUGUUUGGAAUUGUAUAAGAUUUGUAAGGACAAAUUGUUAGUUCAAUUAGUACCAUAAGAAAAUAAAUUUAUCUAGCUCAAAAUUUGAUAAAUAUUCUCUUGGAGAAUUUAUAUUGUAGAUUGUUUUCAAGUUCAUGAGUAAUAAAUAAUAAGAUCUAAAGGAUCUUUUGAUUUCUAAA